UGACGUGAUCGGCCGGAUGGUUGUCGAUCGUCAUGAUCGCGCAUGCUGAUAUGAUAAGCUUUUCAUAUUGGAUUAAAACUACAUGUACAGUGUACAUGUACUGUACGUCCACCGUAGGCCUACAUAGUACAAACGAACUUCGCUAGCUGCACCAUACGUACAUGUAUAGGUAUAUGUAUGCGUAGUUAGUACUGUCAUUCUUGAAGUUGGUGGAACAACAACAUGAACAAGACUCCCCUCUAAUUGGCACUAGGAUAUUUCCGGACAUUCAAGUGGUUAUUCCUUCAAUCGUAUUCACCUGCUGGCGUGUGACUGUAUUUAGCUUCAAACGAUCAAUUCAGCUCUCUCCAGGCCCUCCUCCCUUUGCUAGCAAUGUAGAGAAGGACUCAGGACGGCUUCACCAUGAACUACGUGGGUCGUCUUCUGUCUUCGUUCAAGACUUUCUACAGUGAGAUCAACCCAGCCACACUCACUGGAGCCAUUGACGUGAUUGUCGUACAACAGGAAGAUGGGUCGCUUUUCUGCUCCCCAUUCCACGUUCGUUUUGGCAAAAUGGGUGUGCUUCGAAGCAGAGAGAAAGUGGUAUACAUUGAGAUUAAUGGAGAGCAAGUGGAUCUGCGCAUGAAACUGGGGGAGAAUGGCGAAGCUUUCUUCCUCGAGGAAGCAGCAGUUGAGGACAAAGUGCCUGCCCACUUGUGUUCCUCACCAUUGCUUUCCUCAAGCAGCCUCAUGGAAGAUGGGAUGAAACAGCUCCGCGCCGAAGCCAGCCAUGUCCGUAGUGAAACAGAGAGCAGCAAAGAGUCAGACACCAGUCUUGGGAAGGACAUGUCAUCCAGCAGCAAGGGGACCAGCUCAGCGGAGUGUCUGGAGAAGAAGGAGAGGGACGCGGAGCGUGUCUUGGAGGCCAUGAAGGAGCCUGAAUCAGGAAACACGAUCGUGGACAUCAGUGACUUGACCAAGGACGAGCCUGUCGCCAUCACAGUCGAGACUGAGAUCGGUCGCGGCAAGAAUAAGAAACAGCUCCAGUUCACAGGUGCAAUCAGAUCCUCCGACUUUGACGUUGAGAACGGCUCCGAGGAUGAAUCCCAGAAGAGCAACGGGACUUCAGCUGCUUCGUCAGCAGCCCAAGAAACUCUGAUGAAGAUCGAGAAUGAGACCAAAUCCAGCCGACGGGGAAGGAUGACCAAGAAAAGGAAACGUAGGGGUAGCGGAACAAAAACAGUUCGGACAGAUAAACCACCUCCUGGCAGCUGCCCAGAGAAGUCAUCCCUCAGCCGUCGUCUCAUGAACCUCUCUGAGUCCAGCACUUCGUCCUCGCAGCACUCGGACACUGACGAUGCCAUCUUUGAAAUUGAAGAUGUUUCUGAGGAGGAAGGGGCCUCCACAAGGGCCUUCAAGCCACCAAGAAAGGUACAGAGUGAAGACUGGCUCAACAUGCGUCAGGAGAUGCUGAAAGUCCAGGUACCAUCACAUCCACUCUCAGAUGGGGACCUAACUCCAGGAAUACUGAGCCCUGUGAAUACACGCCCACCGACACCAAAGAGCGACACGGAGCUGGAGACAGCCCGGACAGACCACAAUCGUAGUAAGUCAACAGGUCACAUCCGAUCAGCAAGCAGCACCGACAAGAUUGAGUGGAACUGGGGUGAGCUCCCCGGGUCAAUGCGCAACUUGAAGGGUAAUGUGGACAAAUCUCCAAAGGAGGAAGGAACAGGGACUGAAGCAGAAUCAGUAGACCCUGAAAGCCAGCAGAAGCCUGAUGAUAAGAAGUCGGUCUGGAGCAAGCUCAACGUCUUCAGGAACAUCCAGCACAGCCAGGGUGUGGAACAGGGCAUGUACCUGCAGGACCUGGCGUCGGAAGAGAUUGACCCCGAGGUCUAUGCUCUGUACUUCCCUGAGAGAGCUGAGCGCUCCAAUAGAGCCGAUGAACUCCGUGAUGAGGACAAAUCAUCUGACCUGGGAACGUCACUGCCGCAGUCUCCAAACACAGUGGAAGAGGUGUCCGGUGGAAUUGGGUACCGGGAAGACAGCAGUGAGUCUGCCAUGGAUCUUCAGAUAUCCCUUUGCGGUGGGCUGAAAGAUGAAGAUGACAGUGUUCCUCAUGAUGAAUUUAUGAAGCACUUAGUUACCUAUGAUGAAUUCUCCAAGUCACCGGAACUUCUCUCCAACCCUAGCCUUGUGGUGAAAUUUGAUGGCAAGUACUACAACUGGCAGGCGGCUGGACCAGUCAUCAUCUCCUUCCUUGCAUAUCGUAGACCCCUCCCAGAGCCUGUUGUGAGCACACUUAUGAAAGACCAAGUUCCAAAGGGUAAACGCAGCUUGACAUCAUGGCUUUGGGGUAGUUCUAAACCACCGUCAACUCCACCUAAAAAGGGAGCUGAAACCAGCAGUGAAGUGUCCCAAGACAGAGAAGAAGCUAGGCAUCGAGAUGACACUGUAUACUGGAGUGAUGAGACAGAAUCCAGUGAGAAAGCGGCUGACCAGGACCCCCAGUCUGUCACAAGCUCCCCAAGUGGCAUUUACAAGAAGUCCAUCAGGCUGUCGUCCGAGCAGCUCGCCAAACUGAACUUGAAGCCUGGACCAAAUGUCAUCACCUACUCGGUAACGACAAGGUACCAGGGAACAACAGUGUGCCAGUCCACCAUCUAUUUGUGGAAACAUGAUAGCAAAAUAGUCAUCUCUGACAUAGAUGGAACCAUCACAAGGUCGGACGUGUUUGGCCAAAUCCUGCCGGUGCUGGGCAAGGACUGGACCCACGGCGGAGUGGCCCAGCUCUUCUCCCAGAUCCAGAAGAAUGGCUUUGUCUUCCUUUACCUGUCGUCCAGGGCCAUCGGCCAGGCCCGGCACACCAAGGGCUAUCUCAAGAGCAUCUGUCAAGACAAGUUUGCACUUCCAGAUGGGCCCCUUCUGCUCAAUCCGAGCUCACUCAUCCGGGCUUUCCACAGAGAGGUGAUAAUCAAGAAGCCAGAAGAGUUUAAGAUCCGAUGUCUGAAGGACAUCAAGUCAUUAUUUCCGUCCAGCAUCAACACCAAUCCCUCCAACCCUUUCUACUCAGGCUUUGGCAACAGAAUCAAUGACACAUGGGCGUAUAGAGCAGUAGGCAUUCCUGUCUCCAGGAUCUUCACUAUCAACUCACAGGGGAAAGUGACCCACGACCACACCUACACUUUCCAGUCCUCGUACCCCAAGAUGCAGGAUCUCGUGGAGCACGUCUUCCCUCCUCGGCAUCGUGAGCAGACUAUGGCAUUUGUCUCGCCACACGAAUACAGCGCCUUCACAUUCUGGCGGGAACCGGUUCUGGAGAUACUGGACGAUGAUGAGCUGGUCAAGUCGCUGACGGUCAAGGACAAGAAAUGAACAAAGGAUGGAGUGAUGUUGACCAGCAUGCUGUACACGCUGCACCUGCAAGUUCCAACACCUGCAGUGUCACGCUGUGGAGUUCGGAGUUGCGUGUUGGGUCUGUAGAAAGCUGAUUUCAUUGCCUACUCUACAAAAGAGAGCUGAUGAAUCGACAAUAGCCUGAGUUUAACUUCCUGUUUCAUAAACAUUGCUACCUGACAAAAAUUGUGACCAGAGUAAAGAGUCAGCUUCUAUCUGAGCACGAAGAUUAGUGAAACAUUUUAUGAUCAUUUGGUGUGGCUAAAGUUGCAUUAUACGUACCAAAAGAGAUUUCAUACUUGGACUAUCAGCAUCUCAACAAAUCAAUACUUAAAACAUUCUCAGUGGUUUUCACUGAGUACUUGUUCAGUCUUUAUUGAUUGCUCUUGUCCCAGAGUUCACUGAAUAUGUCCAGAGUCUCGUGUUUGUAUUUUUUUGGUGACCUGAUUUGCUGUUUGCUGUCAAUGCUUCUCUUAGUGUUUACGGUAAACAGCUCAGUGUUUGCUAGAAAGUGAAGUGCUCAGAAAGUACUAGACUAAAACUGUUAUUGUGAUGUAAAAUUGAAAUAGGUCACCUUCAUGGACAGCUUUUGUUGAGAUUAGCCCUAAAAGAGUCGGGGGAUGGAAUCCACACCCCUCAACAGGUUGUCUGAUAUCACAGCAGGGAUUUUUUUUGUUCACAAGCCCAGCAUUUAGGAGUUUUUUCAGUAACUCUUUGUGGUCAUUUUGACUCUACUUUUUAAGAAAUCGAACCUAGCAUUCUUGCGCAAUGCCCUUUUUUUGAGAUGGGUCAGCCACGAAUGUGUACUUGUCUACUACCACGCUCCGUGCAAAUGGGCUGGCACGUAUGUGGCCUUCAACUUCAAAUUUCUGUAACAACACACUAUCUCACGUUGAGUUUAAGUUCACAUCUCCUGAGGAGUGUCCUUGCAUACCAAAUUUCAGAAAAAUCGGGCCUGGUAUAGCUUAUUGGGGGGGGGGCAGAAUCCACUUCUUUGGCAUGAAAUGGUCCAAAAUAACUCGGUUCUUUUAGGGUUAAAAUAUUACUUGAGUCACAGACUUAGUGUGAAUGAAUGUUUGGCAUCAAACAUAUUCGUAAUGGUCGAUGUUGAAUUAAGAAUUACUGCAUGCAGAAAGUGCUUAAUGAAUGCUGCGCAUUUUGAAGACCAACUCCGGGUAUGCACUUCUUCUCUGAUAUUUCUCUGAAUAGACGGAAGAUCCAUUUCAGUGUGUUCCUAAUGUAUAGGUGUUGGUGUAUAAGACAUGCUGCCAGGGAUGCGGGCCAUUUUUUACGUAUAAAAUGGAAACCAGAAACCUGUACAAAAAAUAAAUAGAACAAUUUUGCUGGAUGUAUAGUUUGAAUGUAUCAUAUUUGAAGCAAUCAGUAUAAAAAGGUGAAAUAUAAAGGAAAUCUUUGCUGCAGAGUUUGAGGGAAGUGGAACAGUGAAGAACAACUAUUUAAAGUUUGGUUAUUCGUGUUGCUGCAGAGACUUGGGUAGCUGAGUGGGUAUAUAAGAUACUUAAUUUUGCCUUUGAAAAGAGCACACAUCGUAAUCUCAUUUAAAAGAUCAUCGGGACAAUUAUUUGCGCCUGUGUAGUACACUUAGUGUCGUACUUAUGGUAAAGGUGUUUCAUGUAUUUAAAGGACCAUAACGCUCAGCAAACUGUCAAUGUCAUGGACUUUGAUUGGACUGUAUUUUAAAAUCCCAGUACAGUGGAGUUAAUACGAAAGCUAAUACUUUGUGGCACCUGGACGCUGAUAAUGCCAGAGUACUGCCCGCUAUCAAUGCUGCACGUGUUCCCACAGUUUUUGCCCUGCCUACUUCUGGCUCAGUGCAUUGAUAUUGUUGUAUGUGCUUCCUCGGCUUCUGAAACUGCUUCUCCUUUACCGUAUGGAAUGUCAGGGCCUCGUGGUCUGGUACCUUGGCACCAUGUGGUUAAAUUCCCCAUAUGAGUGGUUCCCAGUCCACCCCGUGUUGUUGCAGUGCUUGUGUUCUUAGGCAAGAAGCAUUGUGGAUCAGAACUGCUGUUGAAAAGACAGAGCAUUGGCUGCUGUAAAUGUAUACAUUCGUCAAAGUUUCAUUGGGCCACUAAUAUAUAUUUGUUUAUACAUCUUUACUGCCGAUUUCCGUAUUUCUGCAUGUGUGUAAUACUUUUUGCACAGCUGAAAAACUGUUUUAAUUUGGUUAUUUUGAGCCACCGCGGAAUUAUGAAUUACCACAUUUACAUGUAGUGAACUAAACCACACAACUCCAGCAUACAUUAUUUUAUGAAUACAAUUUUCUUUUAUCAGGGAGAUGUGUGUGUUGGCAGGCGUUUGUGUGAGUGUAACGGGGACCUGGAAACGACAUCACUGAAAAAAUUCUGUACUUUUUGGUUUUUCAUGUACAAGUCCUUCGUAUACAUUAAUGUAGUAUAAACGUGUUCGUACAUGAAAGUCAUGUCGAUUUGUGUGUCCAACAUGGUGCCAUAUACUCUAUGGCAUACGUGCCCAAUAAUAGUUAUAUAUUCAGGUAUCUAUGGCUCAUGAGGCUUAUGCGUACGUAUUUUCGUUUACACGCACAAAAGAACAAGUUUUAAAAAAAAAAAGUAUGUAAUAUCCUGGCCACCGUAGUGACUAAAAAGGGGAAGAUUUAUUUCUUAUUUUCGUCAUUUUGUGGAUUAUAUAUUUUGAAUUUUUUGUUUGCUUUUGAAAUUGUUUAGCCUCGGUUGGUGCAUUUGGAUUUUUGAUGGAAACUUUCCUUUUUUGAGCUUCUAGUUAGCAGUAGUCUGAACUCUCCAAGAAUUCUGUGGAUCCUUUUGGCAAAAAUGCCAAAGUGCUAAACUCUUGUUGUGGGUAAGCUUUCUGAUAACUUCGUGGAUUUUGUCCAGUGGUUCUAAUCCAGGUAAGGAAAGCUAGUUGAAUAACGGAGAUCGUUACAAAACUGAAUACCUCAUUUUGCUUGAAACAGCGCAGUUGGGGGCGGGCAGACCAGAAUGAACUACUUUUGCUUUGAGCCUGAUGAAGACAAUCCUGCUUUGUGGUGAUUGUUUUAAUUUGCAAAACUACAAUGCCAUAACUCGAAUGGGAUAGACACUAUAAAAAGGUUAUUGCCAGUCUGGGAGCACUUGAGGUUAAAUCAAAAGAUAUAUUUUUGUAUUGAAAACAAUAUGAGAGGGAGUUAAGGUAGUAGGUUUUGUCUUUUUUGUGUCCUGGUGGAUGUUGGUCCUUGCUGGCCAUCGACUGAAGGGAGUGCAUAGCACUUAAGCAAGUGCUGCCGACGUUUACGACGUGUUUUCCACUGGGCAUGCGCAACGAGGAGACAGACGAUGGGUAUGGUAACAGCCUGCAGGUGCUGUGUUAACAGUUUCGGCAUGCUUUGUUGUUCAUGACGCGUAGCAUACGUUCCGCGUAGUCAGCGAUCACAAAGUAAAAAGUCAGUGUUGUGGCACUGGUAGAUCAAAUCAUUAUUGAAAACUCAAUGAAGUCUUGAAGAUGAUCAUAGUGGGGAAGAGUGUUUUGAAGGAAACACUUUGGGAUCCUUCAUCUGCCAAACUCUUAAAAUACUAAGCAGCUGCUGCUAAAAAAAUGGUAAAAAUCCAGAGAUCUGUUUUGUUGUGUUUAGGAGAGUUCUAGCUCGGAAAUUUACCCAAGAAUUGAUAUGCCUUCUCUCGGAUACCUGAAGGUCGACUUAGUGGCAUUGUAGGUGAAUCGGGAGUCUGAAAAUUAACGUCUUUGCUGGUCUUAUUUGGUAAAGUAAUAUUGUUUUCAGUGAUAACUUUAAUUGAAUGAGUUGGAGUGGCUUCAGUCUUGUAACUUGUGCCAAUGCUGCUGUGCAUGUACAUGCACAUUAAGGAAAUUAAGACAAUGCAAGUAAUGUCUUCUCUGAAGAGACGUUUGUACAUAAGGAAAAAGUUAAAAAAAACCAAAGUAUGUCUCUUUUUAAUUGUUUUAAUUUACUAUGACAAUGCUGCCUUGUAUCAGAAGCAAACAUCGCUAUUGUAAAAAUUAUUGUUUUAAGUUUGCACAUGAACAAUAAAUAUGUGUAUUUGAA